AUGGGAUGCACGGAUAGGGAACGCCUGGCCUACGUGACUUAUCAGCUGACAGGACCCGCUGACUUUUGGUGGGAAACAAAGAAGAGGACCAUGGAUCCCGCUCGCCGUGAGGCGCUUACUUGGGAGGAGUUUAAGGAUGAAUUCUAUAAUAAGUAUGUUCCCAUGAGUUAUCGGCGGGCGAAGGUAGUGGAGUUCCACACUUUAAAACAAGGAAAUAUGACGGUCACGGAGUACGACCGCACCCUAUGUGAGAUGACUCGUUAUGCGCCAGAAUUGGUGGAUACAGACGAGAAGAUGGCUGCGAAGUUCCGUUCCAGCCUUAGGCCAGAGAUAAGGGUAGCUGUGGCUAGUCGCAGGGGAAUUCCUUAUUCUAAGGUGUUGGGUUGCGCGCUAGAUGUGGAAGAAGCGCUACCCAAGAAUGAGAGGACAACGAAUCCGGCACCGUCUGCAGCCCCAUCGAACUUUAGAGACAAAAGGAAGUGGGAGGGAAACCGAGCUCCUUUUGACAACAAGAGGCGUUUUUCCACUUUUCGGCAACCGCAGAAUCAUGGGCGCCAGAUUGUGCCACAACAGAGGGGAAACCCACAGAGAACACCCUACUGUAGUCGGUGCUCCAAAUAUCAUGUUGGGGAGUGCCGAGUUGGAGGCAUUCGGUGUUAUGCCUGCGGCGGGAAUGGGAACAUGUCUCGGGAGUACCCAAAUAACAACAAAGGUGGAGUAAAGAAUGGGCAAGGAUAG